GGCGUGUGGCCAGGAACAUGUACUCGGUACCUACAACUAGCGUGUGUAUUACAAGUGUACAUUACAAAUCUAGAGCGUCAAAACAGUGGUAGCCCAUCGGUUUAUUGUACCCUAAUUACAAACACUCAGACAGCUAUGUCGGCUGUUUACAUCUGGCCGUGACGUUUCUGGCGUCGGCCAGUCGUCUUGGAAACAGGUGAACAAUACUUUUAGUUUCUUACCCAAGAGGAAUCAAGUAUUAAAUAAACAGAGAAUUAAGUUCUCCGUGAUACUGUCCAUCUACCGUUAGUCGUACAAUGUCUUCUGUGUAUGAUCUGUGGAAAAUAUUGAAGAAAAAAAAUCAGUUGAGAUAUUCUUUUAUUUAAAAAAAAACACCUCAAUAUCAUAAAUCAGAAAAAAUUAGAUUAUAUGGAAAAAUCAAACGACAUUUCAAGAAAGGAGUGGCGAAUCUUCUGAAUUUUAAUAGACUGCAAAUCAAUUUAACAUGCUCAAGGCUACUGAAAGGUAAAUGAAAAUGGAAUUAUAUGAAAAAAGAUAUAUUUUUGUUCAUUUAUACAUGCUACGUAGAUUGUAUACAGCCCACUAACUUUCUGUCCAACCAAUCAUAUCGUACUUCGGUAGUCGCUGUACGAGAGAGCUUUCACGCUCUUCCUUCGCUUGAUCUAGAACAUGAAACGCCAACCAUGUGGAAAGUUCUUCUAAUAGUAAUUUUUUUGGGAACAAUGGAAUUAAGAGAAAAAAGUGAUUGUCAGAGAGACACGGUGAUACAUGACAUUAUGGAAGACGGUUUUCCAAAAUGACCGUUCUGCGAAUGGAUUAAUUCUGUUAGCACGAUUCCACGGAUUACAAAAUAUCGGAUCGUACUGUGUACCAGAGAGAUGAACUUUUUAAGGCAUUACAAUAUUGAUUCCUUACUGUUUUUUGCUUGCACGAGUUAAGCAAUUUGUGAUAAGAAAAAUCUGUGAAAAAAAUUGGACGUUUUUCCACCUGAGUCUCAGUCAAGUUUUACUCGACGGAUGCAGCAGACGUAGCAGUGAAUCGAUCUCGUCCGACGGACACCCUCUGCUUCAGGGUUCCUGCCAACUUUCUCCACUACAAGAAAUUAGCUCGGAUUAAUGACAAGUUUUAUCGCAAAUCACACGAUGGUAGCAAUCUUCUUGCAUCCCAUUAUCAUACGAGAGCUCAGCGUUGUUUUAAUUCAGGAUGUUUAAAUAUGUUUAUUAUUGGUUCCUUCGACUUUCUUGAAUUUGUGUUCAGUAUGCAAUGUGUGUUUAUGGUUGGAAGGUUACUUUUCAAAAUGUCAUUUGAAGUGGACGCCGUUUGUCAAGCUUUUAAUACAUACAUUUUUUUGAAUGACCACAUUGUGAUGAAUUUGCGGAGAACGCAACAAUGACCUGAAAUAACAGGCUAAGGUCCACCAUGCCACCGUUGCUGGAUAAGGCAAGAUAUAUAAUAUUGUUGCUAUUGUAUACGACACUGGGAGUGCAGAGCGGGGAAGAGUUUAAGUUUGGCGAUACGGAAUCCCCUUACUUUUAUCAAUCCAAGAUUCUUCCAGAGAGAAAGGAGGUUACCGACUACCUCCUAUACAACAGAACAGUAAAAAUAUUUUUCGUCCAGGACGAAGACCGGAAGCCGUUUUUUCUCUCAGUCAUUCCUUGCGCAUCCUCUGUAGAGUGGACAGUUACUCACAAGAGUGCAUCACAAAUCAAAGAGUCCAACAGCGAGUCUUCAGAUCCACCGAAGUCAAAACUAAGACCUGCAGUUCUGUACAAACACACAGGUAGAGACUUUCAUACUUUCAAAUACGACAACGGAUCGUCAGGACUCUAUACCAUAGAUAUCCGACCUCUGGAGAGCGAUACGUACGUCAAUCUUUAUGUAUCCAAUCGCUUUCCUAUAAAGAAUUAUCCUGUUUUGCCAAGAGACCACACAGUGAAAGUGAAGAAGCGCAGUAGAAAAAGUUUUACUGUUGAAUGGCAAUCUAGUCCACAAGAAACUCCAUUCGACAAUCUUAUCGAGUAUCACAUAGCAGUGAACAGAAAGCGCUCUUUUGAUACAUUUUGCUCACUGAUGUCGCAUUACAAAGGGGAUUCGCGGCCUCCUCCGCCCUCAAAUUUUAAUUUUUCAAAUGAAAUCCGGCGUGGAAAGGAAUUUCUAGAAAGGGCUAGGCCGAUCGGUCCUGCCAAAAAGAACGAAAUAAUUUAUAAAAAAUUAGGAGUGAAAACCAAAUACACGUUCAAUGGAGCUCGACCUGGACGAAAAUAUCACGUGAAUGUGUUUGUAUUCAACAGAGCAACAGGCAAAGCCAGUGCAUUUAAAAGUUUAACUGUGAGGACUAAACCGAAAAAACCUCCGAAAGGAGGAAAAAUCAGAGACGGUAGAGUUCAAGUUCAUGAAUUCACCAAACCCAAAGAAUUGUUGACAAUGUCAUAUAAAGUGAACAAACCUGCCAAGGAAGUGUUGCUUGGUGUUCACGUGUGCGGUGGAAAGAUCAGAUUUCAAAUAAGGACGAAAAAGAAGAAGGUGUUCAGUCGAAGAAUACAAAAUUAUAAAGAAUUUACUCUUAAAAACCUCCCAAAAGAUAUUUAUUCAGUGAAAAUCAAAGGUUCCAAGAAAGGGAGGGGUGAAGUAAGAUUCACAUUAACUACUAAGAAAAAUAAAUAUAGAUAUCCGAGGUUACCUAAAGACACAAAGGUGACGUCACUCAAUUCUACGUGUGAAAACGUGACUAUUGCCUGGUUAGGUGAAACACAGAGACAAAAGUUCUGUAUUUAUAAGACGGAAUUAUCAGAGAAGGGGAGUAAACGUCGACCAAAAAUUGAUCAGUGUUCCAGUGAAAUUGACAAAGCCAGUGAAUUAGUGUUUUGCAAACGAUUUAAAAAUCACAACCAGCAAUUGUUACGAGAAACAAUUAAUGGACUUAAAGCAAAUCACAAUUACAGAAUUGACAUUAUUGUUAGGCGAAGUGGAAGUUCUAAAUUCUUUUUACGAUAUGACAGUUUAUACUUAAAAACUGAAAAUACAUGUUGAAAAGAAUGGUGGUGUUUGUAUGGCGUGUGGUCGAAGAGUGUUUGAAUGCUAGACUUUUCUGAUGAACGCUUGUCUGCAUCAUAGACGGACAUGUUAAGGUAUGGCCUUGUAUGUCUGUUUAUCUGUUGACAAUUCAGUUUAGGGGUUUAUUUUUGUUAUAUAUUUCUAAUCCUUAAGGAUUUAACUUGGUAUAUAUAUAUAUAUAUGGUGUAUUGCAUAUUACGAUGUUGAUGCAUAAUUUGUGAGUGAAGUUGACCAGUAGACAUAUUCUGGAUUGCUACUGGUACCUUAUAAGUAUUGUCUCACAAUCACCUACAGAAAGUUCAAACAUUUUUAUUGAUGCCUUUCAUUUUAUUUAUUUAUUUAUUUUUCAAAUCAUGACACAGCAAGUUUCCAGUUUCUUAGAUCGAAACAAGACGAUAAAACAGGAUUUUUCUUGGACAUCUUCAACGUAAUGUGAGUGUGUGAAAGUGAGUCUGGUAAUUCAUGUGAUUUCAUUUAUUGUAUGUUUUAUACAUUUAUGUCAAGUACAGUAGGUGUCUUUAAAGCGGCUGUGAUGUAAAGUCUGUACAAUGUGAUAUUUUUCGGCAUUAGUUCUCACAGAAUCACAAUGUUGAGAUACUUUCCUACAGGACUCUCUAAAACCAUCACGACAACCAACACUCGCGCAUUUGAAACUUUUUUUCCACAUGCAUGGGUUGAAUGAAAGAUUGUUUGUCAGUGCAAUGAUUAAUGUAUUCCAUUAACAAAAAACUAUGAUUUUGGUGCUAUAUGCUAUACUUGUUCAGAUUCUAAUUUUCUCAUGAAAUAUCGCCGCAGGUAGACAAAAGGGGUAAAUGUACAGAAACGAUAAACGCAUCUUUAGUAAAAGAUGUUGCCGGUGUUAAGCUUAUUUUAUCUUUAUUGAAAUGUUGUAAAUAUAUGCAUGGUCUUUGACACGAAAAUCAUGUUUGGUGUAAAAAGAUAAGAAUUUGAUGAAUUCAGAAUUUGGCACUUUCGAAUCUUUCAACAGGAAACAAACGAUGCAUUUCAGAAAGUCGAUAUUUUUAUCAAAAUCGUUAUCCUGCUAUUUGAGGAAUGUUGACAUUUGGUCUGAAGAUUUUAAGGGAUUGAUGGCAAAGUGUCUCGGGUAAAGACCUUGUCUCUUGGUGAUUAGACCACACUUCAUUCAAUUUCAACACAAGAAAUCCUACAAUCUGUUCUCAAUAAAUCUGGGAGCCUACGGAGUGUAUUACGAAUACAUUUAGUUAUGUCAGUAUUUAUUAUAUUUUGUUAUAUAUUUAUUACGCUAACAGUAUUCUCUCUUUCCACGGCUUUUCCCUUUGAAAUCUCACAUUGACGUUAUUUUCGAAUAUAUAGAAUGGAUUUUUAAAAGAAAAUUAUUUUUUAUGAUAAUUCGAUGAAUGAGGGACAGAAUCUUUUUAUCAUUAUAUGAUCAGCUCGCUUCCGUCAGCUCUCGGAUUGCAUUGUGCAAGUAUACCAUUGUAAGAAAAAUAUCAUUUGCCGGAAGUAACUUGGUUCUGUGCGUGCUCAGCUAAUAUAAUCACGCUUUUUAUAGGCAUUUUAUGCAAAGAAUAUGAGGUCCCGAUUAAUGUCAUGUUUCCAUUUUGUUUUAUUAUAUUUAAUAUUGAUUCAGAAAUGUUGUUGACGAUUAAAAUGUUAUGAAAAAACUU